AUGAUUGACAAGCUUAACAGUAGGCUGUACUUAAUCGCUCAAGUCUUAUUCAUUGCUGCCGUCCAGGCCAUUCCAUAUCCUAUCGAACAAAACUUUGGGCAUGUUGAACAGUACUUGAUCGCUCUAGUCUUAUUCAUUGCUACCGUUCAGGCCAUUCCAUAUCCUAUCGAACACUAUGAACAUGGACACUACCCCAAAUAUUCCUUCAGUUAUGGUGUCAAGGAUCCCCAUACAGGUGAUAUAAAAUCUCAAGCCGAGGAACGUGACGGCGAUGUUGUUAAGGGACAAUAUUCAUUGGUUGAACCCGAUGGUUCAGUGCGUACCGUCGACUAUAAUGCUGAUGAUCACAAUGGUUUCAAUGCUGUUGUACACAAAACCGGCCCAGCCGUUCAUCCAGCUCCUGUAUAUGAUCAUCAUUAUUAA